GACGGGCCCGGCUGACGGCCUCCCGGGGACGGGGCGGGGCGAGGCCCGGCCUCCCGCGAGGGCAGACUCCCAGCUCCUACCCCUGCUUUCCCGAUUCCGCCCGCGACGGGCUCCGCCGCCGCAGCUGGUGCUGGGCGAGAACUUGGCGGCCUGCUUCCCCUCUCCAUCUGCGCCUGGGCUCUUCGGGGCCGGCAGCCCUCUCUGGGGACCUGUGCCGCCACUUCCGUUACUGUCUCUUUUGUGGGAUGAAGGCGCUGAACGAUUUUUACCAAGGUGGACACAUGGUGUAAGGAAAGCGGGGUUGUGUUUCCAAGAAUCAAGAGCUGGGCAUGAAUCCCAGCCGCUUGGGAAGCUGAGGCAGGAGGAUGGGGAGCUCAAAGCCAGCCUCAGCAGUUUAGCGAGGCCCUGUCUCUAAAAUAUUGAAAAAGGCUGGGAUGAGGCUCAGUGAAUGGUUAAGCGCCCCUGGGUUCACUCCCUGGCACCAAAAUAAAUAAACAAACAAAUAAUGGUCGUGGCCCAAUGGGAGGACAGGCAACGUGCAUAAUUAGCAGUGCCUGGAGACCUGGAAGUCUCUAGGGUCUUAGGAGUCGCGUUCAGCUGGGGCCAGGACGAGAUUGGCAGAAGAACUGGCAUUUCUUUUGGACCAGGAAGUGUGAUCAGAUUGGACACAGAUGAGAAGGGUGGCAUGCCACACUCAGGAGGCAGGGGCAGAGCAGGAGGGUCACAGUGUGGGCAGGAGGUGCCAGCAGAGCAGCAGUGUGAGGAGGAAUGAGACCCUGCAGGGAGCCAGGCCAGUUGCCUCUAGGUCUCAGAGUAACAAGACAAGAGAAGGGAAACCAGGAGAGGCUGUUGGAAUCAGAACCCUGCUGCAGACACUGCUUACAUCCAAGGAGAAGUGCUCAUUCCCUUCUCCAGAGGCACCACAUCAUGCAGGGUUGUCAGGGUGCAGGCUCUCUGGGUGGGCAGAGCUUUAUCUCCUCUCUUCACUAACAUCCUAGAAAGGCAGCUGUUUUCCACACGGUGGGCCAUGGUGGUUUUUUUUUGUGGUACUGGGGCUUGAAGCCACGGCCUUGAGCAUGCUGGCAAGCAGUCCACCGCUGAGCUGCAUCCUAGCCCUCUUCUGCCUUGUUGCUCCCCCUGUUCUCAGCCAUUCCCAGCCUCCCUGGAGGGGAGUGGGUGGUAGCCAGCUUCCUUUGACCUGGAAGACACACGUGGCCAGGUGCCACUGAACAGUGCUUCUUUUCUUCUGUUUUUCUUUUCUUUUUUUGAUACAAGAGAUUGAAUCAAAGUGUUCUUUUCUUCCACUGAGCUACAUCCCCAGCCCAUUUUAGUUUUUAUUUUGAGACGGGAUCUCGCUAAGUUGGUGAGGCUGGCCUGGAACUUGGGAUCCUCCUGCCUCAGCCUCCUGAGUGGCUGAAUUACUGGCCUGCGCCACCCUGCCCAGCCUGAGCCAUGUUUCUUCACACAGAGGAGGUAGUGACUGGAUGGUGACGAUAGUACUCUCUGCCAUAAUGGUGUUGCUGUGCACAGUGGUGACUGUUGUAGACAGCAGGCAUGCAGACUGGGAUGGAGAAGGAGUGGCUAGGCCACCUCUGUAUUUCGUUCAAAGUGGGCCCAGUAUCAUCCUCCCCCUUUUCUCAUCAGAGAAGCCCAAGUGUGUGGCUGCUUUUCUCUUUGGUGAGCAGGACAUGGGUGGACUUCCCAGUGCCAGCUGGGGCGAUGCCGGAGCGUGAAGGAGUUUGAGAAGCUGAACCGCAUUGGCGAGGGCACCUAUGGCAUUGUGUAUCGGGCCCGCGACACACAGACAGACGAGAUCGUUGCCCUGAAGAAGGUGCGAAUGGACAAGGAGAAGGAUGGCAUCCCCAUCAGCAGCCUGCGGGAGAUCACUCUGCUCCUGCGCCUUCGCCACCCAAACAUUGUGGAGCUCAAGGAGGUGGUUGUCGGGAACCACCUGGAGAGCAUCUUCCUGGUGAUGGGUUAUUGUGAACAGGACCUGGCCAGCCUCCUAGAGAAUAUGCCGACGCCCUUCUCUGAAGCUCAGGUCAAGUGCAUUGUGCUGCAGGUGCUCCGCGGCCUCCAGUACCUUCACAGGAACUUCAUCAUUCACAGGGACCUGAAGGUGUCCAACCUGCUCAUGACUGACAAGGGCUGUGUGAAGACAGCGGAUUUUGGCCUGGCCCGGGCCUACGGUGUGCCAGUCAAGCCAAUGACCCCCAAGGUGGUCACCCUCUGGUACCGUGCGCCUGAGCUGCUGCUGGGAACCACCACCCAGACCACCAGCAUCGAUAUGUGGGCGGUGGGUUGCGUUCUAGCUGAGCUGUUGGCCCACAAGCCCCUUCUCCCAGGCACCUCUGAGAUUCACCAGAUUGACCUAAUCGUGCAGCUGCUGGGGACACCCAGCGAAAACAUCUGGCCGGGUUUCUCAAAGCUGCCCCUGGCUGGCCAGUACAGCCUGAGGAAACAGCCGUACAACAACCUCAAGCACAAGUUCCCCUGGCUCUCAGAGGCUGGACUACGCCUGCUGAAUUUCCUCUUCAUGUAUGACCCCAAGAAAAGGGCAACCGCGGGAGACUGCCUGGAGAGCUCCUACUUCAAGGAGAAGCCCCUGCCCUGUGAGCCGGAGCUCAUGCCCACCUUCCCCCACCACCGAAAUAAGCGAGCUGCCCCGGCCACUGCAGAGAGCCAGAGCAAGCGGUGUAAGCCCUGAGGUGGGCCUGCGUCAGAUGGCCAGGCCUGCAGUGGACUGGGAAUGCCCCUGCAAGUCAGGUUAGGCCUCCUGGGAAGUUGGCAUGCAGCUGGUCCCCAGGCUACCCUCGACCAUCCUGUUCCUUGAGCUGACUCCACCCUGCCUGUGCCCAGAACCAGGCAGGUAUGGACUUGGGGUGCAGUAGGGGCGGGAGCUGCAGCCUGUGUACCCAGGUGAGCUGAGUUGUUGUGGCAACACCUGGUGGCUGUGCAGGGUCUUGUCUGGCAGAAACUCCUGAGAGGAGGACACACUGGUGCUGAAAUCUCAGGCGGUACAACUUAGUGGGGUCUUGGAGCCAGGGGUGGGCACUGGCCUCUGAGGACUGCUGUGCUGUUGCCUCUUGGUCACAGGGGCUGCACAGGGCUCAGAGAAGCUGUGGUGACCCUGGGCAGGGCUGGGAAGGGGGGCACCCUUGAAACUCCUAAGAGAAGCAGCUGGCUCCCAUCCUGAGCAAGAGAAACACUCUCCUAAUAGACCUGGUUUCACCAUUGUUUAA